UAGCAGUCACUCGAUCUACGCCGACCGCUACGCACGCUAUGUACCGCUACGGACGCUACGAACUGUCUACGAUCGAACUUUGUCAGAAUCAUAAUUCCAGUGAGUGAUUAUAACAGUGAAUAUUGUGUUAAAAAUUCUGAGUGGUGCAAAAAAAAUGUGCGAGUGCUACAAUGUUGAAUACAAUGUUCUGUUCUCGUAAAAUUUGCCGCAGCCGGCGAUGACCUUUCCAUUUUACAGAUUAUGAAGGCCCGUGUCGGGCGCGGCCUGGUUCCGGCGCUAUGUGGAGUGUGGGCGUGUUCCUUCUCACACAGAUAGCUGUUUGCCAAUUCACCACAGACAACCUAACAUCAACAACAGAGGAAGACCAAACAGUAACACCGUACUACGCUCUCAGCACAGGCAUCAUACCAGCCCCUGUGAUGCUACGCCUAGGAAACUCCACAAUCGACAGCACCAAGUCCUUCAAAGUACCCCAAGUACCCCGACCAUCUACAGAACCCGGCACGGGGACCAUAACCGCUCAACCUAAUCAAAUGAACCAAGUGAAUGCUAACCUAGAUAUGGUGCCACACGUGAUUUCAGUCAAGAAUACUUAUUUCGAUCACGACCGACGAUACGGUCCAACGUUCGAAGAUACGCCUGAUGGGAACAUUACUAAAAUAACUGUACAGUUAGGUGACGACGCGCAGUUGAACUGUCGGAUUAGUCUGCUACAAGACAAGACGGUUUCCUGGGUUCGUCGUAGAGGUAGAGAUGACAUACCAGAGCUACUGACAGUGGGAGCUGUAACCUACGCAGCUGACAGCAGGGUGUCAGUGGCGAAGAGGUACCCUGGGAAUUGGAGGCUCCUGGUCAGGGAAGUGAAGCCUGAUGAUGAAGGAGUAUACGAGUGCCAGAUAUCAACACACCCCCCUAGAGUUAGCAGAACUUAUCUACAUGUAAACACGCCACAAGUAUGGGUGGUAGACGAGGCCGGUGGGCCUCUUCAAGAGAAAUACUACGAAGCGGAGUCAACCUUAGCCCUGAUGUGCAGGGCACGCCACGUGGAGACGCCAGCGGUGCUGACCUGGCUGCAUGAAGGCAGGGCGUUGAAUGCUGACACCACUAGAGGAGGCAUCAGUGUAAAAACAGAGCAAGUGCCCGGCGGUGCUGACAGCGUGCUCCGAUUAGCACGUGUGAACAGCAGCGACGCGGGGAACUACACGUGCGCUGUGCGCGGAGCACGUCCUCACACCGUGUCCGUUCACGUGCUCAACGAGAGCCUCGCCGAGCUGCACGCCGGAGCGAAAUCAGUUCACCCAUCGUUAAGGACGAUUGUAACGUUAUUUGUUAUAACGUUAUUUUCACAACCGUUAUUAUCAACCGCGAUUACGUUCGCGCGUCUAGCUCGUAACACUAGGGCCCAAGGUCAAACGAAAGAACAUUGUAAUUAUAAUUGUAACGUUAUGUUGUUACCGACGUGAUAACGUGUAAAUAUUUUAAAGAGAUAUUAUUAAAUAUUAUCAUAUUAUUAUAAUAAUAUAGUUACUUGGAAAUAAAAUUUCAU